AUGUCCAUGGAGUUUCAGGAUGACGAUGAAUUUGCUGGUGGUUACAUUGAGGGUGACAUGCUGCCUGAUGAUUCCUCGCGUAAUGGCUACCCAAAUAAAAAAUGGCCAUUUGGAAUACUCAAAUAUGUGUUUUGCGGAAAUUUUACUGAGGCUCAGAAGGAUUCGGUGCGCAAGUGCUGUCAAUUAUUGGCAAAUAAAACGUGUGUUCGUUGCGUGGAAACAUGGCCCCUAGAUUAUGGUUAUGUGUGCAUUACUAACGACAAGCAGGGUUGCUAUUCAAAUGUUGGCUACCUGAACAAAUGGUAUCAGGACUUGAAUUUAACUCCGACAUGUUUGGAAAAUUACAUUGUUGUCUGCCACGAGAUUAUACAUUCGCUGGGUUUUACACACGCUCACAAUGCCUACAAUCGGGAUGAUGUCUACCGAGUCAAUUGGGAAAAUAUCCAAGAAGGACAGGAACAUGCUUUUGAAAAAAGGAACGAAACCAUGGAUUGUCUUGUCCCGCUGAAGAAGGACAGUGCAAUGAGCUAUAAACGCUUAGCCUUUUCGAAAAAUGGUCUUGAGACUCUUACACCACUAGAUGGCAAUUAUACCCAAAUGGGACAGCGUACAAGAUUAACAGAUGAAGAUAUCGCCAAAAUAAAUAGCAUGUACUGUUACAACAAUUGUACAGCGACAACUAAUACAACGACAUCGACAACAACAACUACUACUACCACAACGGAAGCAACAAUUAUUGCAUAG